AUGCCAAACCCAGGGUGGAAAAAAGUUUAAACUUUCAGCUGAAAUAACGCCCGGGCAUUACUUUAACGCAGUUAUAAGUCCGAAUUUAUUAAAAAAAAAAAUUAAUUGACUUUGAAGACAUGCAGUUUUGAUAGUGUAAUUGUUAGUUUUGAAUGAAUGAUAGCGGCUCCUUGUGGCUGUUCAACAAACGAGUCUCUGUUAGCGCUCAGAGACUCAGUCUGUUGUUAGCCUUUGUCUGGACCCUGUUAGCACAACUUCGGCAGUCGGCUGUGACUGUCCCACUUAGUCUUGGCAGAAAACAUCUGGGCUGCAGAUAUGCCAAGUCUAAAGCUGAUAUCUGCGACCGAUACACAGUAUUCAGCAGCUGUUCUGAAGUCCAUGAACGAGCAGCGGAAUCAUGGGUUGUUUUGUGACGUCACCAUUAUUAUACAGGACAAGAAAUUCAGAGCUCACAAAACAAUCCUGUCUGCUUCAAGUACAUAUUUCCACCAGCUCUUCAGUGUGGCUGGACAAGUGAUUGAGUUGAACUUCAUCAGAGCAGAAAUCUUCGAAGAGAUUCUCAACUACAUUUACAGCUCCAAGAUUUUCCGUGUCCGCUCUGACAUGCUUGAGGAGCUCAUUAAUGCUGGACAAAUACUCGGUGUCAAGUUCAUUGCAAACUUGGCAUCCCCUUUAUCACAAGUCAAAGGUCUACCUGGUUUGUCUAAAGAGGUGGAAAACAAAAGUGGCACAUCCGCAGAGAUGAUGCCGAUGAUCACGGAGUCUUUCUCAAUAUCUGCGGAGGAAUUCAAUCAGACAAGCAAACCUGCAGGGAAUGACGACGACUCGGACAGCGAUGUUAUGUUUGUCUCAAAAACAGAUGCUCAAACAAGAGCAUCAAAUCAAAAAACUCCCUCUGGUGACGUGAUAGAUCUGGAUUCAGGUGAAUCAGAAGAUGUUGCGUCAAAGAAAAGUGAAGAAUCAAAUAAUUCAAGUGAAAAACAGAAAGAGAAAGCCAGAGCAACCUUGAAAACGUAUUCUGCAAAGCCUCGUAGCGUCAGUUGUACAACCCAGAGUUUGCCAAACAGCAGCCCUCUGCGCAGUCCAGACAGCAGCUCCAACAACUCCUCUUCCCCCGCAAGAGUUCUCUCAGAAAGUGCUCCUGCAACACCUGUAAGGUCGAGCAGUUUCACCCCCGAGCCCUUGAGUGCCUCUCAGUCAUCUGAAAGUAGUGACAUAACGGGAGUCCAAAAGAAGCAUGUUGCUACUUCAACCCAGCAAGGUGAUUUCAAAAUAAGGCUCCUAGAUGUGGCUGGCCCCGCAAACCAAACAAACAUUGUCAAAUCAGGUAUAGCAGCAAAGAAAACAGUGACACUCAAUACAGCCACGGAGAUUGAUUCAAUCUCAUCAGGCUGUAAAGUGUAUGCUAAUAUUGGAGAAGAUACGUAUGACAUUGUCCCAGUGAAGGAGGAUCCAGGGGAAGGAGGCUCUAAAGCCAAUAAAGGGAAGAGGUUAAUGGCAACGCCUUUAAAACUGUGUGAUAAAACAGAAGCGUCACUGAACACCAGCCCAAACAGGAAGAAGAACAAACUAGAGCUAGAGGAUCACUACGAGCUGAUCAUGGAUGGGAAGACCUUCUACGUGUGUAUUGUCUGCAAACGCCCCUACGUGUGUCUGACGAGUCUCCGUCGUCAUUUCAACACCCACUCGUGGGAAAAGAAGUACCCGUGUCGCUACUGCGACAAGGUCUUUGCUCUGGCCGAGUACAGAACUAAACAUGAAAUCCACCACACAGGAGAGCGGCGGUACCAGUGCUUGUUGUGCAAUCAAAUGUUCCUAAACUACCAGGUACUCUCCACCCACUGCAAGGCGGCCCACAACCAGGAUCCCAGCGGGAGGAAGGAGAAAGACGACAAGGACAACAACUUAUACCGAUUGCUGCCGUGUAAAACAGUGCAGAUGAAGUCGUACUCUUGGACGACUGGUGGGGAGGGGGUUCCUGUCAUAUCAGAGGAUGGCAGCGUGCAUCACAUAACCAGCGUCAGCGGAGACAUGCAGUCCUCCACACAGACAAGGAUGUUGAACUGGGACGACAUCUUUGUCGAGCCUGAUGCUAACCCUGGUCCACGGUCAACUAUGAACUCUCCUCCUCAGGGAGCCACAGAGUUUGACUUUGUAAUACCAGAGACCUACUGAGCUACACCUGUGCUCUGGUACCUGUGCCUUUUAGGUGCCCCAUCCCCACAACCAUUUUCCUCUCUUGUGGUUUUUUACGUCAUUAAUGUUCUUUUGUAAUUCUCCAUAGUGUCAGCAUCAAGUAGUCACUCUGUUUAUCAAAGUGUUUUGAGCUAUACUCAGCUCAGAGCUUUGCUAGUCAAAUUGGAAUUGGCUGUUAAGAAGCUUUGAUUCUUUUUGACUUUUCCUAUUCCUUUAUCAGUGAGCACAUGUCUCAUGUUUUACCGUUAUUGGACUUCAAUAAGCAACAACUGUCAGCCUGACUACACAUUUAUGCUAGUAGUGUUUAAGGCUUGUUUCUUAAAUUUUUUAACUUCACCAUCUAAACAGAUGAAGGAUUUAAGGGAGGCAGACAGCUCCUAUCCAACGCUCCUCUAAAAGUAGAUAGAUAUUAAUUUGAUAACUUGAAAUCAAGCAGUGUACCAGGAAAUAAUGAAAUAAUGGUUCUUGGUAAAAGAUUUACGAACGAUGGAAACAUUUUGAGAUUUGUAAAUGUUUCAGCCUGUAAUGCUGCUGCUGUUGUGCAGCUCUGUGUACAAUGACAAUGCUUAAUAAAUCAAAAGUCUUGAGAUUUGACUUUGAAUGCUGAAACAACCUAGACAUAACAUCUCAAUCCAUGUGAGAGGGAGAUGGAGCAAAAAGUGGCAUUAUGAAAGUUAAGUAAGACGGCACCUUAACACAUGUAACUCAGCUAGUGUAAUAAUUUUUAUCAGUGAUAAAUCUUCAUUUGCAAAAAAUAUUAACAUCUUAGAAGUCAUGAAAAAAGCAUAGGGAAGUAGGGAUACUUAUCUAAAAUGGUAAUAACCAGGUGACUCUUGUAUCUUUCAGCACUGGAUACAUCCAUGCAUGUGGUUCAUCUGUAUAAAUGAAAUACGCCUAGUGAUGAAAUAAAAGGUUUCUCUAUUUAGUCCGUCAAUAAUAUCAACUUUGUGGGCCAGAUUGACUCGACUCAUUCCUGUUUCCUGUUUCCAACUUGUUUCUGUACAAAAGAAUAUGAAUUCUUUUCUGAAGUAUAGUUUUUCAUUUUGUGAACAUCGAUGAUCCAGACUAUGUGGAAGAAGAGUUAACUCUCCAGUGGCUGGAAGAACAAUUUGUUUUGUCCAGGAAACAACUUCUGUCUUAUUCUAAUACACCUGUACAUUUUUAUUUCUGAUGUUGUUUUUUUCUAAAUUGGAUGCUAAAAUGUGCUGACCGCAUAACAUAGGGUAGGGCUUUUCUUUAUUAUUGUGAUCUUAGAAUUAAUAUUUAAAGAGGAUAUCCACAGCUUGACCAUAUAGCACUUAGAGUUGGAUCAGACAGAAGACUUUGUAAAGACUGUUGCCUUUUCACUUUAUUUUUUUCCAUUGUUGUCAAAUUGUAGUGAUUGAUCAGUGUGAUUUGGGAAAAAUUUGUGAUAACAUGGAUCCAUUCUGUUUAAUUCAAUAAAAUCCGUACAGGUUGUUUUUUUUAAUUAGCAGGUUAUAAAUUAUGUGAAUUUCUAAUUUUGUGUAGGUCAAUUUAACAGUUUCAGAUGUAUUUCAUAUGUUUAAAAUAGAUUGUAAAUAACCAGUUCUGCUGGUGUGGCAUUGUACAAAAAAGGUUCAUUUUGUCAUUAAGCUAGCAAUAAGGGUUCACUGAUGGUAAAUAAAUUAUUCUUUUACUAUUUCUAA